GGUUGAGUUCAACACAAGCACCUGUCAGUCUGUCAGUGGAGCUCUGUGGACUGCAGAUACUAACUGCAUAUCAUCACUUCAGUGGAUUUAACAAGCGUGUUAAACUCUUGAGAUACUAUAAUGGCUUUCUCACUGCGGACGGCUGUCUUUAUCACUGUUGCACUAUGUGUGCUGGAGCAAGGGUUUGGAUAUCCACUGUCUGAACAAUCUAAAGCAUCAAGCAAUCCACCUGCUGUCAAACGGGUCCGUACCAAACGCUGCUCCUGUAGCAGCUGGGAGGACAACGAGUGCAUCUAUUUCUGCCAUUUGGACAUCAUCUGGGUCAACACACCAAAUAAGAUCGCACCUUUCGGUCUGGGAAGCCCUCUGUCCCGUCGCCGGCGCUCCACGGGCCGCUGCGAGUGCGCGAAUCCCGCUGACCGGACCUGCUCUAGUUUCUGUCACAGCAGUUUGGAAAAUCCAGAUAUGGAGAUUGUGACCCAAUUUGAUGACCAGUCAAUUCACAUGGACAAAACUAGCAAUUAUCUGCUGUCAUCUCUCAGGAAGACGAUUAAAGAAAAUCUCAUGACAGCCUCUCGAUCUGCUUCAACCAAGAAGAAAUCCAGACUCAGGAAUCUCUUGAUCAAUUAGACAGAGGUGAGGUGAGGUGAGGUGAGCAACUGAACAAAACCAGUCCUGGAUGAAGAGGAUCUGCCUCGUGAGAAGAGGACGCAAGCGUGGUGGAUUCACUGAGUUCAAGACGGAGCUGAACUGCUGAGACACGAACUCUCGGUUGCUUCAGCUGAAGAGGAGCAGAAACGUCUGUUUGCCAGAGUAAAAGAUGAUUAAAGUGGAGAAAAAGAAGAAUGGAUCAGACUUUCUGCACCAGUGAAAUGGUGACAUUUCAAUGGUAGAAGCACUGCAAACAUAGUUUAAUAUUACCAUCUGAGAAGAUUUGCAGUAAGUUAAAAAAAAAAAAAAAUGAAA